AUGAAUGGGGCCUCUUCAGGGCCAUCUCAGUCUCCGCGAAGCCUGAAACAGCAGCGGUUCUGUGUUUCUCCGCGGCAGAUACGCAGUCCUGGCGGCGAAGGCGCCGCCCGGGAGAUCAGUUUUGGCCGCAGUACAGGCGACUCCGAAGGGUCUUCGGACGAGGAUAUAUUCAAUGUGCGGAAAAAGGCCAAGACAGAGCGCAAGACAACACCAAAAUCCAUUAAAGAAACCAAUUCGAUAACUUCUUUACUGUCUACGGCUGUGCAGGCGCGGUCGAAGGACAAGCUGAGCAAGGAUCUGGGAUUCGACCUGGAUUCUGCUCUAAAAGUGACAUCGAUCAGCAGAAAGCACGAGAAAGUGAUGCAGCUAAGACGCGAGGAGGACGAAAUAGACCGCAUGGUGGAAAAAAGCGAGGCAGAACUGCGGCAACAGCAGCAGGCUGCCCAGGAACUGGACAAACAGAUCCUUGCGCGGGUGGACCCGUCGCAGAAGAGCUAUAUCGAGCACCUCCGAGAACGGAUGCUAAACGGCGAUGCGGCCGUCACAGACGUGUGUUUUCUCGAUAAACCAGGGUUAUAUGGCAAGACGUCUACCACAAGGCUCGAGCUGCUGCCGGAGACCCUGCUGGGAGAGGGGCGCUGGUACUUGGACCGAAAAACGUUAAGCUUGGACGUGAUUACCGAUUUCAUGCAGCUCUCAGCGACCAGUGUGUGGCGAAUGUUGCAGACGGACCUCAGCAACGAGAUUGUGGCUGACGAGGGCCUUAUUCGCGAUUUUAUGCUGGCCGACGGGAUGGUGGGCCACAGAGCAGAGUUCAAGAUCGAGUCGAAAAAAAGUUUCCCCCACGUAACCACACAGGUGAUGAAGUUGCAGUUUCUGCUAUCGCUGGUGCGCUCGUCCAAAACGAAAACGGCAGGUUUGCCUGAGUUGCGCGCGUUCGUCACCAUUGUCGUCCGUCUGCUCGUUGACUCGCGUGUCAAUGAGCCCAACGUCGACGACUACAUCUGUUUGGGCCAAGGAAGCGUGCAUGCCAUUCAGCUGCUCAACGAGAUGCUUGUGAGUCUCGGGCAGUGGUAUUUCGAGCUUUUUGAGCGGCCGUUUUCCGAACUUGCUCGCGAAUGGGUCCGGCUGGUGUGCGACAUCGUCGACAACGAGCUUGGCGCGCACGUAACGCUCGUCCACCGUCUUAUUUGCAACGUGCAGCAGCUAACGGUCCCGAUCCUGCGCUACCUUAAACUCUGGCUAAUAUUCAAGUUUCUCAUCGAAAAGACUGCCAACGACGAGUCCAAGCUCGACUCUGCCGGGCUGCAAGGCCUGUCCCGGCAACUACUGACGUACGCGUUUGAAAAAGAGGACAUGGUAGCUGCGCUGUACCAUUUCACCCGCAUUUUCAGCCAGUGCUCGCUAAAAUUGGCCGCCGAAACCCGCACUAGCCCGACGUUGCAGGAUACGCUUGCGCGUCUCAAGCUGUACCAGAUGGCGGUGUUCAUGACGUUGGGGUGGCUGAAAACCUCGCUGCUCAACAAAAGACUCGGCUUCUCGCUCAACGAGGCCACAUACUACUCGACCGACUACUACGAGCGGCUGCAACUGGACCUGUCCGGGGUGCCCGAAAACGAAUAUCUAUUACACCACAUCAAGUUCUAUAUCAACAUGGUCAAGAACAGGUAUUUCCGCAACUACAGCGGCGCAAUUCUGCCAACGGUGACGGAGUGCGUUGCCGUUCUGACCAACGUUCUGGCGCGGAUCGAGCGCGAGCUCACAAUGCCCGAGAUCUUCACCGACUGA